UCUCUGAUAAGAGCUGUUUGCCGGCUGAUGUUGACUGACUGACUGUGCAGUGGCUGGCUGUCUAUUUCCUGGUGGCCGUACACCUGAGAUUCGUACGGGACAAUGGAUAAUACCGUCAUAUCUAGAAAAUACGGAGGACGCUCAAAUCUCAGAAGACUUCUGUUGCUGCUUUUUCUGGCGGACCUUCAGCCAGCACUGUCUACAGAUGGAGAGAAACCUGAACUAGAUGACAACAAUGAGAACGGAGAGAAAAUCAACUGUAUAAUUAUCGGUCCGGACUACGUGACCGUGGGUGUGGUGAGCAGCGUUGAGUGCGACACCGACUGCCGAGCAUGUACUUUUUCUAUGUCUUUGGAUGGACAGAGUGCCCAGGGUCAGGGAAACGUGUUAGCCUUCACUGUUAACAGCUGGGCGGAGGCCCUAACGGUGACAUGUGCAGUUACAAGUAGCCACACAGGGCUGAACGCUACGACAACAAAGCAACUGCAAGUGUUAGCCGGACCUGCCGAUGUUUCCAUCUCAGGCCCUGAUCUGAUGCAUCCAUCGGUGAGCCACACCUACAGUUGCUACACCUACUGUCGGCCAUCUUGCGCCUACGCCUGGAAGACAGAUAAAGGCCCGUGGAUAAGUGGUCAGGGGAAUGUUAUGUCUAUCACUCCUCAGGAGAUGGACAGCUCCAAACUUCUCAUGUGCAAAGCCACCAACAGCGUGUCCGGGCUGUUUGUCGUCGCUAUUCAAAACGUAGCUGUGAUAUCUGGUCCAUCCAAGGUUCAGAUCAAAGGCCCCGACGUGAUAGAAAUUGCAGAAAAGUACAAGUUUGUGUGCACCGCUGAAUGCCUGCCCUCUUGUCGCUACGUGUCGUCUGUGAACGGUCAGACCGUGAGGGGCAACGUGAUCGAGAUGACGGUGGAUCAUCCGCUGAAAUCGGUCACACUCAAGUGCGAGGCUCAGAACAUCGCUUCAAAGAGGACCGCCACAGCCUCAAAGACAGUACAACUAGCACGGUCAGAUCGGAACCUGUCCGCUCGUCCUGAAGAGGCCUGGGCUGUGCUGCUGCUGGCCUUCAUCAUUUCUGCUGCCUGGCCACUGUGACAGAUCUUUCUUGCUGUGAUAAAGAAUUGUGUUUGAGCUGUGCAGAGUUAUUGACUCAUGGACCGGUAGUUUCACCACGCUGCUUUCUUCUCCAUUGGUGUGGCAGGAUAACAGGAGGCCGAACCCUGUUUGAACUUUCCAGUGAGAGGUGUGGAAAAUAUCCAAGUGUGGACAUGUCAUGAAUUUGUUGACUUAGUAAGAUUCUUCCACAUCGUUACAUUUGAAAUGUUGAUGUCUAUAAAUUAAUAAAAUGCAAUGAUGACUUGAACCACAAGACUCAGACCUUUUCUUCAGUAUCCAUAUGUACAAUU